AUGUCACAGAUGGAACAAGGCAUGGAGACCAUCAUCAAAACCUUCCACAAGCACUCUGGCAAGGAGGGAGAUCCAGACACCCUGAGCCAGAAAGAAUUCAAUCAGUUGGUGAAUAAGGAUAUGCCAAACACCCUCAAGAAAGAGAAAAAGGAUCAAAAAGCCAUGAAUCAGAUGAUGAAAGAUCUCGACACAGAUAAAGAUGGUCAGUUGUGCUUUGAUGAAUUUGUAGGCCUGUUAAUUAAGGUAUUGAUAACGGAUCAUAAGAAGACCCAUAAGCAUGUGUCCUCACAUGACCAUGACCGAAGCCAUGAUCCCAGCUAUGGGCCAAGCCUCAGAGAGGAUGACCAUCACAACUGCCAUAGCAAAUAA